AUGCGUCUGCCGCCGCUUAUCAGUCUCUUUCCAAUGCUUUGGAUUUGGACGCUGCUCGGAGCCUUGUGUCUUUUGACAGAAAGCUCUCGGAUCCUGAUCUACUCGCCGCGAAUGAUGCAGAGCCACGUUAACUUUAUGACUAGACUUGCAAACCUCCUUGCCAGUCGCGGACACAAUGUCGUUUGUUUUUUUUUAUCAGUGAGAAAAUUUAUUACAGCUCUUCAUAGUAGAUAGUAGGAAUGACUUUUUUCAAUCCAAAUGAGGCUUCACUAGAAAUUGAAACAAAGUUUUUAGACCGUAAUCGACAGUAUUCUGCGAUACGAUAUUGAACAUGGACUAUCUGAAGACGUGGAGGUUUUAUCAGUUCCGCAGGUAACAAAGUUUCAAUUAAAAUGUGAAAAUUUUCUUGUUUGAAUGUGAAUGAAAAAGAGAAAGCUGUUUUUAUGUAGUGACAAACGUCCUCAGAUUAUAGAGUACGUACCUCACGGAAUAAUAGCCUGCUGUACUUUCUCAAGGUUGUAAUUUUUGAGGGAAAAGAGGUGGAGAAGCAGCUGAAACAAGGAGAUGUCGCGAAAAUAUUGUGGGACUCACAGCCAACGCCAGAAGAUCAAAGAAAGGUCAAUCAAAAGAAGGAGCUUCAUUGAAGAGAAGAGAAAAUUUGAGGUGAUGAACGGACUGGGACAAGUGCACAGAGAGCAAUGUCUCUACUUGACACGGCAGGACUUUAUAAAAAAGUGGAAGAAUGUUCACUUUGAUAUCGGAAUACACGAGAUAUUCGACACUUGCGGAAUAGGUUUACUUCGAGUUGCUUCCGAAAAUCUCAAGAAAAAUAAUUAACAGGAAUCAUGGCAGCAAUUGGCGUGAAUAAAACUGUAAUCGUGUCAUCGACAGUAAUGAUGGAAGCGGUCGCUAUCGCCAUCGGACACUAUAGUCCAAUCCAAGAGCCUUGUAAGUGUUAUAACCUUGUAAAACUCAUCAACUUCUUCAAUUUUCUCAGCCCUGCUGUCGGAUUAUGGAAACAAUCUGGGCUACCUGGACCUCAUUCGCAACUUGAAGUUUCAUUCGGCGUGGGCCCACUUCUUCGAAAUGCAAAGCAAGCUGCAGGAGAAGACGUUCAAAGAGCUCUGGGGAGUUAGACAGACGUCAGAGGUUUUUUUUCUAUAUACAUUAAACAACAAAAAUGACUGCAGGAUCUAAUAAGACAAACAAGCGCGGUCUUUGUCAACACGGACCCUAUCGCAGACGCUCGAAGGAGUUGGAGCCGAGAAGUUUAUGACAUUGGUGGCAUUGCAAUAGAAGAUACAAAAGAGCUUCCAGAAGUAUUAGUGUGGCCGGAAUUUAAAACCUUUUUUCUCAGGAAUACCUAGAACUAAUUUCUAAUUGGUCAACGAUAGCAUUGGUCUCGUUCGGGACAGCUGCUCCGUCGUACAGAAUGUCAGAAACCAAGAAAAUAUCACUCCUAACAGCAUUUUCAAACUUCCCUGACGUUCUUUUUAUUUGGAAAUAUGAGAAAUCAGACGAAUUCUCCACCCAAACACACCCUAACGUCGUUUUCCGUGCUUUCAUACCGCAGAACGAUCUUCUAAGUUGAAAUACAUUCUUCAAAAAAUUGUGAUGAAAAAAAUUCAGAUCAUGAGAAGACGAAGCUUUUCAUUUCGCAUUGCGGGCAAAACAGUAUGCUGGAAUCAUUGAAAGCUGGUACAGAACUGCUAACUGUUCCCAUGUUCGGAGAUCAACACAGGUUUGAAAAGCGAUUGAAUCAUUGGAACCUUUUCCUAUGAAGAAAUGCUCGCGCUGCGGAAGAGAACGGGCUCGUCACGAGAGUCGAAAAAAACGACCUGGGCAACUCGAAAAAGCUCAUUAGCAAGAUCAAGCUAAUACUCGUGCAUAAGAAGUCAAUAUAAGUUUUUCGAGUUAUUUCAAAAAAAAAACUUCCAGAAACGAAAAAGCAAAACUGACGGUUAAGCGGAACCUCGAAAUGGCGAUGAGCUCAUCCAGGGAUCUUUUCGUGAGACAGAUCGAGAGACUUAUCGCGCUGCCUAAUCCACCUAACUUUGUUAAUUACCCUCGUUAUUACAGUGCAGACAGUCUUUUAGGCAUUUAUCAUCUGGGACUCUAUGUUUCCGCGUUUCUAACUCUUUUUAUUGUUGCAAAAAUAGUGAAAUGCGUGAAAUAGCUUUGCAUUUUUUAUUUCCACUUCGCCUUUGAGAUGUGGGCUCUUCUCACAGCUUGGUAUGAAAUCCAACUUCCUUUUUUUUUAAAUAAUAAAUAAACUUUUUUAUUACAACCCCUAUUAAGAAAGAGAAAGUGGCGUUACAGGUUCUUAAUGGUCGCUCUACUAUCCGUAGUGAUGUUCUUGCGGUUGACUUUCUUUUUGUAUUUAUUAAUGGGACUUCCGCUAGGAUUAACGAUAUCUUUCUACUUGUUUAGAAACUAUCAGGUCAGGGGAUUAUCUGUAAGGAACACAUUACGCUCCGGUAGAACUCCAAAAAUUUUCAGAAGCAAAGAUUCUUCUCGGGAUUCAGAAUAGGCGGUCAUCGAGGAUCUCCUCAUCAUGCUCCAGAAAACACGAUCGCUAGCUUUCAAAAAGUUUGCUUGAGAAAAUGUGGAAUAGUGUGUUACGAAUUAAUGAUAGUUUUUUGAAAAUAGAAAAAAAAAUUUGCAAAUUUUAUUUUUGCACGUUUAGGCUAAAGAAGAAGGCUGUCAGCUUGUAGAGUUCGACGUCCACGUCACAGCAGAUGGCGUACCCAUAGUUAUUCACGAUGUCACAACUUGUAAAAUUCAUUAUUCAACUUUUAAACUAUCACAUAACAGAUCGAACAUCUAAUGUGAACAAAUGCGUCUUAAAAACUUCUUGGCAAGACCUUCGAGACACAAAGCUGAACAGUGUCAAGUAUGCAUUUUCUUUUCUUUUUUUUCUGAGAGUCUUAAAGAAUUCCAACGUUAACACUACUUCACAAUAAAAAGAUCCGAAAAAGGUUUUUUCUUUCCACAGCAACAUCGGAGGAAGUCUAGCAACGUUGGAAGAAGUAGUGGAUUGGUGCAAGAAAAAUGAUAUGAAAAUGCUAUUUGACGUGAAAGUAGCAGAAGAAAGGCUGCUCGGGAAGAUAGCAGAAAUAUUUUCCAAAGAGAGACUUUACGAGACAGCGAUUGUGUCGAGCUUUAACCCUUUGGUUCCUUAUCGGCUAAAGCGCAUAAAUCAUCAAAUAUUGACAGGUAAUAUGAAAACUUCAAGAGAAACAGUCGAACAGACUUCAGGGUUGACCUUGGAUAGGUCGUACUACACAUACGAAGACGACGACCGCAAGCUUCCGUUCGCAUCAAACUCAAUAUAUCAUUGGCUCAACAGCUUCUGGGACGAUUUGACUUUCAUUAGUAAUUGCAUAUUAUCGGGAGUCAAAAAAUUUUUUUACAGCCAGUCGAACUUAUUUGAUGCCCCGAUUUCUAGGCGUUGAAAUGCUUCUUAUUAAUUACAAACAAGCCGACGAGUAAUAUUAUUGAGUAUUUGAGAGCUCACUUAAAUAUUAAGAAGGACAAUCGAAGAUGCGCGCGAUAAUGGUAUGGAAGUGGUUGUCUACACCGCAAACUCCGAAGCCGUUAUUGGUUGGCUCUCUACACUUCCUGUAUCUUUUCUCACAGACGUGCCUUUCAACGUGAACCAUACAAAAUUGAUAAAGCCUUAA